AUGGCUUUUGCAGAACUCACCAAACCAACAACUGGAAAUGGCACGCACGCUCGGCGCAAGGCUAUUCCGGCCAACACUCGUGUUGCGGUGGCGGUCUUCCUUGCUACACGAAGCAAAGAGGGCCACCUUCGUUACGGCACGGUGUCGCUAGCAGUGAAGGUCUUCUACAUAAGCCGGGCAGCCAUCGAGCAGAUCUGGGCCCUCCGAAAUGAGCCAUCAUCCCUCGUACUUCCGCGCAAGGCGUAUCCGCGACGGUCUACUCGUCUGAGUCAACGCUACACCGCCAUUUAA